AUGCAGGUGUCCCAUCUUCUCUUCACAGAUGAUACACUUCUGUUCCUUAAUGAAGGCAUCCAUUCCGUCCGAUCAGCCAAGCAGUUCCUUGACCUUUAUCAGCAGGCCUUCGGGCAAAAGGCAAACUUCCAUAAGAGUGUGUUCAUGCACCCAGAAAACAUGGCGGCUUCUAGGAUUGCGGCAAUCCAAAGGGAAUUAGGGUCGUUCACUCCGGUCACGAGCAUGGUGUAUUUGGGGUCCCCAUCUCGUCGGGUCGAAGGAGGAAAGACUCUUUUCAGAGACUUGUGGAACGGGUUGAUGGCCGGAUUAAGGGUUGGCAAGCGAGGUUCCUCUCUAUGUUGGAGAGUCGAUUUGCGGACUUUCUUUGGGGUUGGAAGGAUGGCAGGAAAAAAACUCCUGUGGCGGAGUUGGCAGUUCAUUGCUCUUCCCAAGAGCGAAAGGGGACUGGGAAUUCGGCAUCUUCAGGAUGUCAUGAUCGCUUUUCGGCUCAAGAUGGCAUGGACAGCUAUGAACUCAGUGGAUUCUGGGCUAUGGGCAUCGUUCAUGCGGACUAGGUACAGCCAGGAUUUGGAGUGGGGUGGUCAGCAAAACCUUGCUCCGUUGGUCUCUCCAUUAUGGAAGAGAAUUAGAGCCCUUCUCCCCUCCAUCAAGGCUUCUACCCAAUGGCAGAUUGGGGAAGGCAAUUUACACCUUUGGAAAGACAAUUGGUCUGGGCUGGGCCCCUUGCAAGAUAGCCUGUCGACCACCAUUCCCUCAGCUCUCCUUGAGUUUAAAGUGAAGGAUUUUCUAGGGCAGAUGGGUCCUUUCCCUCCUUUAGCGGUUUUCUCUGUGCUGUCCCAACAUCAUAUUGAUGCGAUUUUUCAUGGAGGUUUUUGCGUGACCGACGGUGCUGAUACCCCGUUCUGGACUCCGAAUCCCUCGGGCAAGUUCUCGGUUUCCUCGGCUUGGGAGAUCGGGCAUGCGUGCAGUCCUCAGAUGUUUUGGGGAGGAAAAAUCUAG